UAUAGGGGUUCUCCAGUUUGACAUUCAAAAAGGGGAUGGAGGCGCGGGACCUCCUGCGCUCCUCUCCUCGGUGAGCGUCUUUCAAAGCGGCCGCCAGCCAGCGCCGCUGUAACCCCGCGCACGGCAGGUCGCGGGCUCCUGUCCCUUUCGAUCUGCGCCGACUCGCCAGCGGAUCUCGGGGACUCCCCGAGCCGGGAAUCUCCCGCCAGCUGCGAGCUGCGUCCUGGCGAAGGCAGGAGCACGUGGAGUGGCCGGAUAGCCAAGCGGCUGCUCCAGCCCAGCCAGGCGGCGAGAUGGAAGAUAUAAAACCAAAUGUGGAACUGAAAAGCAGUCAGGAGCAGUCUGUGCCUACAGGUCCAGUGAUUUUAAAUGACUACAAUUUAACCAAACCUCGUGAGGCAGAAAAUGUGGACAGUGCAGAAUGCCCAACCAAUGAAGAUGAAGAUAUGGAAGACGAUUCAACGAAAGUGAAAGAUGAAUAUAGUGAAAGGGAUGAGAAUGUUUUGAAGCCAGAGCCCAUGGGAAAUGCAGAAGAGCCUGAAAUUCCUUACAGCUAUUCCAGAGAGUAUAAUGAAUAUGAAAACAUUAAGUUGGAGAGACAUGUUGUCUCAUAUGAUAAUAGCAGGCCAACAAGUGGCAAGAUGAACUGUGAUGUGUGUGGAUUAUCCUGCAUUAGUUUCAAUGUCUUAAUGGUUCAUAAGCGGAGCCAUACUGGUGAACGCCCAUUCCAGUGUAAUCAGUGUGGAGCAUCUUUCACUCAGAAAGGCAACCUCCUCCGCCACAUUAAGCUGCACACGGGGGAAAAACCUUUUAAGUGUCACCUCUGCAACUACGCGUGCCAGAGGAGAGAUGCCCUCACAGGCCAUCUCAGAACACACUCUGUUGAGAAACCCUAUAAAUGUGAGUUUUGCGGAAGGAGUUACAAGCAGAGAAGUUCCCUUGAGGAGCACAAGGAGCGCUGCCGUACAUUUCUUCAGAGCAGUGACCUUGGUGAAACCGCAAGUACGGAGGCAAGACACAUCAAGGCAGAGAUGGGAAGUGAAAGAGCCCUGGUUCUGGACAGAUUAGCAAGCAAUGUGGCAAAACGAAAAAGCUCAAUGCCUCAGAAAUUCAUUGGUGAGAAGCGCCACUGCUUUGAUGUCAACUAUAACCCCAGCUACAUGUACGAGAAAGAGAGUGAGAUCAUACAAACCCGGAUGAUGGACCAAGCCAUCAAUAAUGCCAUCAGCUAUCUCGGUGCUGAGGCCCUGCGCCCCUUGGUCCAGACGCCGCCUGCUCCCACCUCGGAGAUGGUUCCGGUUAUCAGCAGCAUGUACCCCAUAGCCCUCACCCGGGCCGAGAUGCCGAAUGGCGCCGUCCAGGACCUGGACAAGAAGCACAUCCACCUGCCAGAGAAGAGCCUGCCUUCCGAAAGAGGCCCCUCCCCCAAUAACAGUGGCCACGACUCCACAGACACUGACAGCAACCAUGAAGAACGCCAGAAUCACAUCUACCAGCAAAAUCACCUGGUCCCUCCGCGGGCCCGCAAUGGCAUCCCACUUCUGAAAGAGGUACCCCGCUCUUAUGAACUCCUCAAGCCCCCGCCCAUCUGCCCACGAGACUCCAUCAAAGUGAUCAACAAAGAAGGGGAGAUGAUGGAUGUGUAUCGCUGUGACCACUGUCGAGUCCUCUUUCUGGAUUAUGUGAUGUUCACCAUUCACAUGGGUUGCCACGGCUUUCGUGAUCCUUUUGAGUGUAACAUGUGUGGGUACCGAAGCCAUGAUCGGUAUGAGUUUUCGUCUCAUAUAGCCCGAGGAGAACACAGAGCCAUGCUGAAGUGAACAUCUGGCCCCAAAAAUGAUCACGCCCAAGGAUUCCACAUUGUUUUUAAAAACCAACACCCCCACCUAACAAAUCACUCUCAAAACAAACUCAGUUCCAGACUCUUUUUUGUACCACUUUCAGUAUCAGAGGGUCAUGCUCACGUGGGCAAAGAAAAGCCUGUCUCCAUUCAGAAGUUGUUUGCAGAUAAUGCCGACGUGAAACCUUUGUUUGCCCAUCAGGGACUUGAAUUUUAUGCUAUUUAAAAACCAGAGAAGUAUUUGAUCACUUUCUUUUGCGUCAAUAGGACAGGCAUACCUUGGAGUUUGUUGCCAGUUGAAAGAGUCCCCCCCACAGUGCUGCCUGGAACACUCCUUCUGAGAUAUGUCAGCCAGAAGCGCCCAGAGGCCAUGAGCCCAGGUCCACACGGAAGAAGAGCUGGCUUAGUGACCUUAUGGGAAGUCUCGUCCUUCUGCGUUUAACAAAAGGCGGAGAGUUAGGCUCUACUCUCCCAAACCAAUUAGAGUCUAAUAGUAAGGAAAAAGACGACCCAUAAAAUAACUGUUAUCAAUAACUGAAGACUCAGUCUUGGAACAUUAGAUCCUUUUCUUAUCACAUAAGCAAAAAAACACAAAACC